AUGGAACUAGUUGUGUAUCUUGUUCUAUUUCUAACAGCUUUUGGGUUCAUCGUCUUCACCUUGCUGUUUGGUGAAUCACCCUCUUUGAGAAAUGGCAUUAUAGGAAAGCUGAAUCGAUUCUUGACAGAGAAACUACCAAGAGCUUUAUCAUGGUUGCUUGUCAAGACCAUUGGCAAACGAAACUUGAAUCGAUUUGGUUCAUGCUGGGCAUAUUGCUGUGAAAGUCGAAAUCCGUUCUUGCAGAUAUUUUUCGUAUCGCUGUCAUCCGUCUCUAUUGCUGGCUUUUUAUACAAUGCUUUACCUCAUAUGCCAGGACCCUAUUUGCACAAGAUUCAUUUCCUGAUUAUUCCCGCUCAAAUUAUAUCCAUUUAUGCAUCCUAUUACAUAGCAUGUACAUCUAAUCCAGGCAUCAUUACUCCCCAAAACUUGCAACAGCAUUUAGACUAUUACAAAUACGAUGGACUUAUAUACAAACCAAAGACAUGCAUUACCUGUAAAAUGCAAAAACCUGCUCGCUCCAAGCAUUGCUCCAUGUGCAAAGCAUGUGUUGGAAGGUCAGACCAUCAUUGCGCUUGGAUCAAUCAAUGUGUAGGAGAAAAUAACCAGCGCUAUUUUUUCUUGUUCUUGUACAUGUUGGUUGAAUUCUGUGCGUACGGUGCUUAUUUGUGCUUCCAAGUGUACCGUGGUAUGAUCAUUGAAUGGGGGCUGGACAAAGCAUUGGUAAAGGACUCUGUCACUGGAGAGCAAUCUGUCAUUACAUUUCGCCGAGCAUUUUUGUACGUUCUUCAUCAUGAUAGAAUCAUAGGGGCCAUUGGUAUUCUGGCUGCCGUUGUUUCGGCUGUAGUGCUCAUAUUCUUGAUCUACCAACUUUAUCUAGCUAGUAGAGGAAUCACAACAAACGAAGCAUUUAAAUGGGAAAUGAUAGAGGAAUCCAUUGAUAGAGGCGAACUGUUCAAGAUGGUGCCAGUCAACAAGAAGAAAGAGGAGGAAUCUUCAGGCACAUCAACUGCAGUUGAAGGUUAUUCCAAAAAGUACGACAAAAGCAAGGGCACUGCUGCAGUAAAAGAGGAAAAGAGGGUCGAGAGCUUUGAUGAAAUUGUUAAUAUCUACGAUAAAGGUAUUAUUGGUAACCUGAAGGAAGUAUUCUUCCCAAAAAUAUAG